AUGGCUCACAAACUCUCGCUGGUGAGCAUCUACGACUCCAGCACCUCCAGCGUGAACGCCGCGGCGUUCUCGCCAUGCGGGCAGUACAUCGCGGCGGCAAGGCAGCCCUUCGCUGUCGAGAUAUACAACGUCGAAACUAGGGUCCAUAUAACGUCGCUACGCGAGUCGGACGAGCACGCGGCGAUACGAACGAUCAUCUGGGUUCCCAAGACUGACGGUUUGGUCGGCAAAACCCUCAGCGGGUACCGAAUCAUCACCAUUGGGUUACACGCGGUCAUCACCGACUGGGACCUGGAGCUUCUCCUGCCCGUGAGGUCGUGCUGUUCUUACGGAGGCGCCAUAUUCUCGGCUGCGCUGACGCAGUGCGGUACAAGGGUACUUAUCGCAUGUGACGAUGGAAGAAUCCGCGCAUUCCGGCUGUGGAGCUCGACCGACAGGCACACCAGGGACCCAGAACUGAACUUCGACAAGGUGUACGCCUGCCACACCAAGAGCAUACUGAGUGUGUGCGCACUGCCUGACGGGUCUUUCUUCUGCGGGACCUCUGAUUCCAUCAUCUUCAAGCACGACCCAUCUUCCGAUGUGCCGGCCGUCAAAAUAAAGGUCCCAGCAGUGAAGAAGCAGGGCGCUCCCACAUCUAAAAAGAGGAAAACGGGCAAUACCGAUUUCGAAGCUGAUGCGGACACCGCGACGGAUGCCGCUGCUGAGGGGAAACGGGUAGCGAACACUGCAGACGACCAACAGGAGCCGCAAAUAUGGGCACUGGCGUUCAUAGAGAAACACCAACUGCUAGCCAGUGGUGAUUCUGCCGGUAACGUCAUACUGUGGGAUGUGAAGACCUGUACUAUGCACAAAAUGUUCACGCAACAUUGUGCUGACGUGCUCUGUCUGGCAGUCGGUGCCGACGGUGACACGCUCUUCUCAGGGGGAGUGGACACCCAAAUCACGGUGUACGCCUACAACGAAAGGAACUACCUCAAACAAAACGCACCAGCUGGGUGGAGUGCUAACGGAGUCAAAUACUACCACAAGGGCGACGUGAGGUGCUUCGCAGUCCACCCGAACGACGACCGGAUAGUUAGCAGCGGCAGUGAUGGUAUACUCACCAUAUCGAGGGGGCUUAAGCACCAAAACAGCAAGAGGUACAGGACGAACCUCAUACUGCUCAACAUCCCGAGUUGGGUGGGCGCGCCCGUGGUCAUGAGCAAGGACAAGACGCUGGCGCUGUGCCGUUACCGGGACCACUGCGACCUGUGGUACGUGCCCAGGGAGUCGCAGGAGGACACCGAAAUGCCGUACAAGCUCGCCGCCAUCAAGCUCAAGCGGGAAGGAGGGCAAAUCGUCGCGGCGCAAAUAUCGCCGGACGCAAGUGUAGUGGCAAUCGCCAACCAAAAGCAGAUGAGAUUGCUCAAAUUUUGUGCGGAGAAUCUGGAGUUAAGAUCCGGUGAACAGCAGGUGCAAGAAAUGACUGUGCACGCGAUGCAUUUCGUAUCCAACACCGAACUGCUGGUGUCGCACCUCAAACAGGGGGACACCAAAUUCCGCCUGUCAAGGCUCAACGUGGAAACCGGCGAGAUGCGCCAAUUGGAACACCCAAUUAGGGAUCCCAUCAUCAAGAUCGACGUUGCGCGAUUCAACCUCGAUGAGACGCUGCAGCGCAAACUGGUUACGUUGUACAGCCUGGAGGGGUUCGUGUACCUUCUCGACCUGGAAACCGAGGCGAUACACGAGCUGCCCAAGUUUGAAAACGGAUACAGGGUAGUGUCCACCUGUGCGAGCCCGGAUUUCAAGUACCUGGCGGUAUUUUCGAAGGGGUCGCUCUACUACUUCUACAAUGUGGAAAUGCGCACCAUCGUCGCGUACGACGGUGAGACCAUACACAGGGUCCCGAACAGGAUCUGCAACAGCAACGUGCAGAUAUACAACGCGCUGUGGUACCAUCAGGACCAGCUGAAUCGCAUCUUCAUCCAGACUUCCAACAACGUCUACGCCAUCAAAAUUGACGAGGGCCUGUUCGGCGUCGAGGGGAAACCGAACCGGGAAAAGCCGGCGACACAGAACGCCAGACUCAACACACGGCAGAAGAUAUACAUCGGACCAAGGAAGUUUAGUGACGCUCCCUGCAUCAAAAAGUACCUCCACCAACCGCCGGCUCUGUUCAGGGCUUCGCUCCAACACCUGCAGCAGCUCAAGGGCGCGGAGCCGGAGGAGGGUGCUGAAGCGAUGCAUCAGCCGCUGACAAUUGGCAGGUACCUGGGGAUCAACAAGUCGAAGUUCUUGGUGCACCUGGAACUGGCUGCCAACGAGGAGGGCCUGCAGCUGAUAGCCUUUUACAUGGCGCCGCCACACAAUAGCAUAUUCCACAGGAAACGAUACGGAACGUGA